AUGUUGACUUCUUCAACUUUUGAAUUUAGAAAGAAUUACAGUUCACCUUCAUCAAUAUAUUAUUACUCAUUUUUCUUAUUACAAUUUUUUUUACUAAAUCUAACACUUGCAAACCACAAUAUUAUCGAUGUUCAAAACAAGAAUGAUAUAGGUAAUAAUGAUCUGAUUAAUAUUGAUGAUGAAAAAGAUAUUAGGAAUAUUAGGGAGCCAGAUUUCCCCUUUACUACAGUAAUUGAUCUUUUAUCACAAAAUGUGCAAUUUUCAUCUUUUUUAAGGUUAAUUCAACUCAAUGGCUAUGUCCCUUAUUUAAACGAAUUAACAAAUUUUACGUUAUUUGCUCCUGUAAAUUCAGCAUUUAUUGAUUAUAAUUUCGAAUCAAAUGACAAUUUUACAAUUGAAGACUACGUUCUCUAUGAUAAAGUACUCGAUAUAAAUGAAAACAAUGAACAAAAUGAUAAUUUAAAAUCAUAUAUUAACAUUAUUUAUAAUGGUUUGAAUAAAGCGCCGUUUGUUUUUGGAAGAAAUAUAAAAGAUGACUUAAAUACAAAUAAAGUUAAAGAACCCAAUGAUAAAUAUUAUAUCAAUAAUGUUGACGUAGUAGAAGAAAACCUCAAACCAAAUUUUCAAAAUGCUAUAAUACAGGGUAUUUCAGCAACAUUAAAAGAUAAACCAAAUUUAAAAGAACUUUUAGAAUUAUUAAGUUCUAAUUACAAAUACAACGAAAAAUUUGAGCUUUUUACUAAAUUUAUAGACUCCAAUUUUGAAAAAGAAGAUUUUGAAGGACUUUUAGGUAACAAUACCAUUCUCCUACCAAAUGAUAAUAAUCUUUUAAACACGUUCAAUAAAAUUGAAAUAAAUUACAUUAUAGAUGCAUUCAAUAGCCUAGAUAAUCUAGUGUCCGAUUCAGUAAGUUCAAAAAUUAAGGAUAUUUGGUUAAGAGAUAGAUUAACAUUUCUAAAAUCCAUCAUUUUGAAAGGGAUCGUAGGAGGUAAAAUUUCCAACUCAAAAGUAAAGAAGGUCGAAGUUCAAAAUCUAAAUGAAGAUCAAUUUAAUAUUACAAGUGAUGAGACAGGCACGAGGAUGAGAAUAUUUCACGGGAAAAAGGAUGCAACAUCUUUAUAUUCUAACAUUCUUUACAAUAAAGGAAUUUUACAUACAUUCGAUGACCUACACUAUAUUAGCAACUCUGUUCUGUUCAAUACAGAAAAAUAUUUACAUGGACUAAACAAUUCAGAAUUUGUACGAGAGCUAUAUUUUAGAAAUUUAGAACAUUUGAUACAAGAAGAUCAUCUUAAGAAAAAUAUGACAUUAUUUAUACCGGAAAAUUCGGAGAAUGAUGCAGUCUUUGGCUUUACAAAAGCAAGUUUAUUAUAUCAUUUUACCGAUUCACAAUUAUGGCUAGAAGAUGAAUUCAAAGAGUCUUCCAAUUCAGUUACAAAAUUAUAUGAUUCAUCCUUUUGCUCCUCCAAUAAAAGACUUGGAGGUAACUGUCAGAGGUUUAAAAUUACAAAAUCAAAAUCUGGGUAUCAAAUAAAUGAUAAAUUCAAAAUAUUAAAUUCUAAACCUUACCAGAUUGGUAAUAAUCUUAUUUACAAAAUUUCAGAUGACCUUCAUCUUCCUGGCGAUUUGAUAGUAUCUAUAAAUCCAUUUUAUCAUUGUUCGAACUCUUUAGUCUUUUUAAGGCAUUUAAGAUUAUUAGAGCUGGCUCCGAACAAUGAAGGUUAUACAGUGUUUCUUCCCUGCUUCAAUUCAUGGGACUCUCAGGAAUUGAAUCUUGAGUUUAUUGAAAAGAACAGAAAUAUUCAAGAAUUGAUAAUGAGAAGCUUGAUUUUGAAUGGUUUAGUAUAUACAGACGCACCUAAAGAAAAUAAAAACAGUAUGCAGGACUUAUUGGGAAAAGAGUGCUCAGUAACGUUAAGAUCACAAGAGUUACCUGGAUCAAAGAGUGUUAAUGUAAACAUUUCUACUUUCCCUAUGGAACUUACAUUAGAGAAGGAUAUGGAUAUAUUUUUUAACCAAGGUGUUAUACAUCCAUUAAGAGAUGUGUAUUUACCAUCUGCAGUUGAAAUUUCUGCUAAAGAUUUGAUUAAAACUACAGGGAAUCAAGAGUUCCUUAAACUUCUAGACCACUUUAAUGAUUUAGCUGGAAUAGUAGAUAAUGAUGAACCAUUCUCUUUAUUGAUACCGACAUUAGAAUCUUUACUAUAUGAAGGAAUUAGUGGAAAUUAUACGAGAUUAGAAGAUUUCUUAAAAUUGCAUAUAAUUCCAGGGAACUCAACUAAAAAUCUGCUUCAAUGUAAUGGUGGAAUUUCAACCCAACUGGGACAGCUAUUGUCUUGUUCUGAACUGUCACCAAAAAAUUAUUUGCUAAGAAUCCAAAAUGGUUCGGACAAUGAAGUUCGAAUUUUAAAAAAAGGAUGUUCCACAAAAAAUCCUGAUUCUUGCAUAUUCAUGAUAGACAGGCCGAUGUCUUUAAGUUGGAUUAGCAAAGAAAAGUAUCAUCUAGACCUACCUGCUGUUGCCAUUGGAAUAGGUAUAGUUUUAGGAGCAUUAUUUAUUCUAUCAUUAUUAGGAUUUUUAUUAGCAUUUGUCGGAAAAAGUCAUAAAGAUAUAUGCAGUUCCCAAAAUAUCGAUAAUUCUGAGAAUGAUACUGGUGGUAAUGUAACUGAUCCAUUACUACCAAGAAAUAGGGAUAAUGGCGGAAAUUUACCUACAGAUGGAAGACCCUUUGAAAGCUCCUAUUCCUCUAAUUCAGUCCGGAGUCCGAUUCGUGUUAUAUCCAAUAAAUGUUCUAAACCAGAUCUAUCAAUUUAUAAUAACGUUAGUUCUAAUAAUAUAUAA